AUGGCUUCAAUACCUGCUAACUUAAAUUCAGUUUCGGUCCUCAAUGGUACAAAGUUUAAGGAUUGGAAAGAGAACAUAGAGAUAAUUCUUGGCUGCAUGGAUCUUGACCUCACGUUAAGGAUUGAGAAACCUCCUUCUCUUAAGUACUCAAGUACCUCUAGCGAGAGGAGAGAAUAUGAGAAGUUGGAUCGCUCAAAUCGCAUGUGUUUGAUGUUCAUUAAGCGCGACAUUCCAGAAGUCUAUAGAGGUACUGUAUAUGAAGAAAUUACAAGUGCUAAAGAUUUCCUUGCUGAGAUUGAAAAACGCUUUGUGAAAAGUGAAAAGGUGGAAGCAAGUGAACUUCUUCAAAGCUUGGCUUCCAUGAGAAAGUUGAGAGAGCAUAAACUUGGAUUGGGCAAAUUAAGGGAAGAAGAAGAAAGUGAGCAAAAACACUUAAUAGCCCUCAAGACUAUGAGCAAAAUUGCCUCAAGAAAGCAUGCUGAAGAAGCAGAUUCAGACUCUCAAAUUCCAUAA